AUGAGUGAAAGUAACACGGAUGAUGGUGCAGAUGAAGUGAAAGUCUUCCGAAGGAAUGAUGCGGACGAUAUCGAAACAGCACAAUCAUCGCAUCAACUUACCGAAGACAAAAAAGAUGUUGCUUUGGAAACUGAAUAUGAAACGCAUCCUCCAAAUAUUAUUGGGUCAAAGCAAGGUGCAUUCGUUAAACCAUCGCCAACAUUUCCAUCAUUUCCAUCAGCAACAUUAUCGCCUUCUUAUUCAUCACUACCAUUGUUUUACCCUUUUUUUCUUCCGGGUCAACCAUCUUAUGGAAUGCCAUUUCCUCGAAUGCCUACUACACCGAUGGACGCACGAGCUAUGUCGCCAAGUUAUGCUGCUUUCAUGAUGCAUCAAGCGGCACAAAUAUCACCCACUUACGAUAUGUAUCGAAAUUUUGGAUUUGGUCCUGGUUCACCUUUGCAGGGAAAUCCAGCUGCGGCUGCAGCUGCUGCUGCCGCUGCCGCCGUGAAAGGUGGAAAUCCUUUCACUGCUGCAAGUAUGAUGCGUAAUAUAACGGCUGCUACUCCACAUCCGCUAAAUUCAAUUAACCAGAUGCGUUUGCCGCAAAUGAGUUCGCCGAUAACUUCAAUGGCUAGUAGUUUAGCUCAAGCUUCAUCUGGUGCAAAUACACCAAAGCGUACGAAAAGUAGCGAAAAUAAAUUUAAUAAGGAGCGCCAUAUUAAGAAACCUCUCAAUGCUUUUAUGUGGUAUAUGAAAGAAAAUAGGCCAAAACUCAUGGAGGAAUUGGAUUAUAAAGAACGUCAAAGUGCUGAAUUGAAUAAAGAACUUGGCAGGAGGUGGCAUGAUUUGCCGAAGGAAGAACAGCAAAGGUACUAUAAUUUGGCAAAAGAAGAUCGUGAACAACAUAUGCAGAGGUAUCCUGGAUGGUCAGCUCGCGAAAAUUAUGCAAUUAAUAAGAAAAAGAAGAGAAAACGUGAUAAGUCGAUUGAAAAUGGUGAACAGAAGAAAUGUCGAGCAAGAUUUGGAGUUUCCAAUCAAGAUCAGUGGUGCAAACACUGCAAAAGGAAGAAAAGAUGUCUUUGGUAUCGAGAAGCAACUUCACCAUUAGGAGUUGUUUCUUCAACAACACCAGGAACGCCGGGCACACCUUCAUCACUAUCUGGUCCAGGAAUGGGAGCAAUAAGCAAUCGUGAUUCUGAGACUGAUAGUGAUGUCGAAGGCGAAAAUAAAUCGACAGCUCGUGCAAUACUCGAACAAGUUGCGAAUGAGCAAACGAAAACCCUUUUAUGUCAAUGA